AUGGCUUCCAUCACCGCGCAGUCCGCCUUCAAGCUCAACAGCGGCUAUGAGCUGCCCCUCGUCGGCUUUGGUGUCUACCAAAUCCCUGCCGCCGAGGCGGAAAAGGCCACAGCCGAGGCCCUCAAGGUCGGCUACCGCCACAUCGACUCGGCCGCGGCCUACAAGAACGAGGCUGCCUGCGGCGAGGCCAUCCGCAAGAGCGGCGUGCCCCGCGGCGACAUCUUCUACACCACCAAGAUCCCCCCGGGAAAGAACAUGGGCUACGAGGCAGCCAAGGCCCAGAUCGACACGAGCCUCAAGGAGGCCGGCUUUGACUACCUGGACCUCGUCCUGUUCCACGCGCCCUACGGCGGCUCCGCUGUGCGCAAGCAGGUCUGGAAGGCCCUGGUCGAGGCCGUCGAGGAAGGCAAGGUCCGCUCCAUCGGCGUCAGCAACUACGGCGUCCACCACCUCGACGAGCUCGAGCAGCACAUCAAGGAGCUCGAGGCCGAGCGCGGGGGCCCCGGCAAGGGCGGCGUGCUCUCGGUCGUCCAGCACGAGGCCCACCCGUGGUGCGUCCGCAAAGACAUUGCCGAGUGGAGCGCCAAGCGUAACGUCGCCGUCGAGGCCUACUGCCCGCUCGUGCGCGGCCAGCGCGCCGAGGACAAGACCCUCGCCAAGCUGAGCGAGAAAUACGGCAAGACCUGGGCCCAGGUCCUGACCCGCUGGAGUCUGCAGAAGGGGUUUGUCCCUCUACCCAAGAGCGUCACGCCCUCGCGCAUCAAGGACAACUUUGCGGUCUUUGACUUUGAGCUCACGCCCGAAGAGGUCGCCGAGCUCGAGACGGACGAGUACUCGCCGAUUGCCUGGGAUCCCGUCAAGAGUGGUCUCGACGACUAA